GUGUCAACUGUUAACAGCGCCAGUCGCGUGUCAACUGUUAACAGCAUCAGUCGUGUCAACUGUCAUGGGUCUCAUGUACUGUGUCAACCUACUGCUACAUAUCGCGAUUAUUUUCAUUUUCGUUUCUGAAGUGACGUCAGAGAGGCCUCUGCAGCAGGCUCUUCUUUUAGGAAUGAGCCAACAGAAUAUGUCAAGAGAAGACUGCAUAUGGAGAAGAGGUGGUGAGAGAGACCAGUGUCCGGACCCCAACAUCUUCUACUAUCUCUACAUUCCAAACAGGACCGAGGAUGGUGACGGAAGACCUCAUAUAGAACGGGUGGAUCUUCACUCGCCGCGUUGGCUUCACUCUAGCCACUACGAUCCUGCUCUGGAUACUGUGGUGCUGAUCCAUGGAUAUGCCGGGGUCACUGACGUCCUCCCUGUAGGAGUCCUUAGGGAUGCCUACCUGAAGAACGGAGGCUACAACGUGUUCGUAGUGGACUGGGGCGAGCUGGCUGCCAUCCCAUGCUAUCCUGCAGCUGUCCACAACCUGAGACCUGUGUCCCGGUGUGUCGCACAGUUCCUGGCCUUCCUACGGGACUCUGGUGUUCCUGUGGGAAGAACCACCUGUGUGGGACAUUCCCUGGGAGCCCACGUGUGUGGCAUUGCUGCCAACUACCUGCUCUUCCGGAUGCACCGGAUUAUUGGUUUGGACCCAGCUCGACCACUGAUCAGACCCCAGAACAAGAACAGGCUGGACGCAGGUGACGCGGAGGUCGUACAGGUGAUUCACACUUCCUCCACAUUCGGAGACACCAGGAGGUCAGGACACAUUGAUAUCUGUGUCAACGGAGGUCGAGCUCAGCCCUUCUGUCACAACACCACUAAUGAACAAUUAUGCAGUCACAUCAGGAGUGUGUGUUACAUGGCUGAGAGUCUAGACCCUGGUACAGCCAGAGUGGCUGUCCCCUGCACCAGGAGAUGCCAUGGAGGAGACAGGGUACAGGACUGGAAGAGACACGCUCCUCCUGUGUUCAUAGGUCAGAUGACUCCUGACAGUGCCACAGGGAUGUUCUGUGUCAACAAUGAAGAGCCUCCCUACUGCCCCAGACGUAGAGGUGACUCUGGUAGUCCGUUGUGUUGUGUGCCUCCCUCCGUGACGCCAGUCUACGAGGAAGACGAGACGACCACAGAACCACCAACCACCAUUGAGCCUACCACUACGCAGGAGCCUGUAGCUACAGACUUUGUCAGGACUUACACCAUCAACCCUCUGGCUACAAGGUUACCAGGAUUGGCAGAGAAUAUGAACCAUUUCUAUGACCGGUUUUCCACCAUGCUAGAAGCCCUUUCUGAAACUCCUUGCACGGAAGUAAAAGAAGAAAAGAUAGAGCGUUACCGCUUGACUCAUGCUCGCCUCGUCACCUGUGUUCGGCUCAUGGACGACACCUUUGGAACGUGGAUCGGAUUUGUUUAUGUCACCACAAGUUGUGAUGUACUUUCUGCGUCAGAUAAAGGUCAAUAUUGUGUCUGUCAGCGCAGCAGGCCUUGCCGAUGUGAACAAGGAGAUUAUUACAAAGGUGAUCUGCUCAAAGUUCCUAUAGACUGGAUUUUUGCGGACGCUUCUACAGAAGAAUACUAUAGACUGGAUUGGUCCAUUAGAACCUGUAGGUUACGUUUGUAUGAAUCUUGCGAUGAAAACAGCGACAUCCUAUAUUAUUUGUAUUCAAGAGAAGAUGACCCACCUGCUGUAUUAAAUGGAUCAUUCAGAUCACUACCACAAGGCUAUGACGAAACAUUACCUCUAAAGGUCUUAAUCCAUGGAUUUGCUGGCAGAAUUCUUACAGAUCCUACUUCAGACAUAAGAAAAGAGUAUAUGAAGGCUGGCGGUUACAAUGUCCUGGCUGUGGACUGGGGCAGGCUAGCUUUGUUGCCAUGCUACCCAUCAGCCACACUAAAUACCAUAGAGGUAGGCAGAUGUCUGGGAGAGUUGCUGCUGAGGAUGUCUCCCACUCAUCCUCCGUCUCAGCUUCACAUCAUCGGGUUCAGCCUCGGAGCUCACAUAGCUGCCUUUACAGCCAAUUACGUCCAAGCUCACUCCGGACAAAGAGUAGCCAGGAUUACAGGUUUGGAUCCUGCUUUGCCGUUCUUUGCCACACUGAAAGACUCGUGGAAGCUGGACAAAGAGGAUGCUAUUUUUGUUGACGUCAUUCACACCAACACUGGUCUCUUUGGCAAGAUUGAGCCCACUGGUCAUAUUGACUUCUACGUAAACGAUGGCACGUUACAACCUGGCUGUACUGAACAUAGAAACCCUCCAUUAUGUAGUCAUAUGCUGGCCAACACUUACUUCGCUGAGUCUAUCACCUCCACAGUUGGAUUCUAUGGUACCUCAUGUCCCAACUACUUCCAGUACACGCUGGGCUGGUGUCCCCUCACUAACAAGUACCAUCCAGCAGCUCGCUCUAGGAUCCUCAUGGGGGAGAAAGUUAUUUUUGGAGCUCGAGGACUCUAUAUAGUACAAACAGGAUCAGCCCCUCCUUAUGCUCUUGGCUAGUUAAAUGCUUUGGAGGCACAAAAAUCUAAUACCUAAAAUCUAAUUCCUCAUCCUCUGUGGAGUUAACAGAGUACCACUGUACAUUAGUAAA